AUGGAGGAAGCAUUGUGUCUUAAGAUCGGCAUGGAGUUUCAGUCAGAAGAUGAGGCAUACAACUUCUACAAUAGGUAUGGAUUAGUUGUUGGGUUCAGUGUUCGGAAAGACUACUUGAACAAGGAUAAAGAGGGUGUAAUUACAUCGAGAAGAAAAGUAAGUAUUUCUCAAGGAGCCCAAGCUGAGAUUGCAAAUGAUGCAGGAAUAUCCUUGAAACAAUCCCAUGAACUCAUGGGAAAAGAGGCAGGUGGAUUAGGCAAUAUUGGCUACACUCGUGAUGACUUAAAACGCUAUCUACGAACAAAAAGAGAGAGGGGAUUAAAGUAUGGUGAAACUGGUGCAAUGCUACGAUACUUUCAAGAACAAAAAUUGAAAAAUCCGUCAUUCUUCCACGUAGAGUAG